UACCUUGGAAUAACCAUCCUGAAUUCUGUUUCUUAGGAAAAAUAGCUUUCCCUUGUGAUUUCCCCAAACAGGAAGGGGAACGCGUCCUACUCAGGCGAAAGGGAAAACCCGAGGUCGGCUUCCUUCGUCUUCUCUCUCAGAGCGGCCGGAGGACGACGACUGGCGGCGCAACUCAAUGACCUCAUCAUCAUCAUCUUCAUCCCCUUCCUUGCAGAUUCUCACGAGAGAACCAAGUGGGUUCUCUCUGAGCACCGGCCCACCGUUUGCAGAUGGCCAUCCCGGCGUCAAGCUCCAGGGCUCACCCUGCUCCUCGUCGUCCUUCAGCCCCGACGGCUCUCUGCUUCUCGCCGUCACCGACAGCAACGCCGCCGUGAGGCUCUAUGACACCUCAACCUUCGCCGAGACCCUCUCUUUCCAGAUCGCGGGCGUCGCUGCCGCGGUCAUCUCCCCCCGGUCCACCUACCUACAGACCUUCCGCAAGCCAUCCCCGGGCUCGCAACAGGAGAAGAAUGUUGUUCUCUGGAACACCACCACUUCCGCUCCCGUCUACGAGUUGUUCCAGAAGAAUAUCUCCAAGACCACGUGGCCGACUAUCAGAUUCAGCGAUGAUGAAUCCGUUGCUUGCCGGAUGGCGACAAACGAGAUACAGUUCUUCGACGCCAAGGACUUUUCGAAGGGCAUCCUCUACAGGCUCAGGAUCCCUGGACUAGUAGCAAUGGAGCUUCCGAAGUCGCCUGCCUCUCAUGUUGCGGCGUUCGUUCCGGAAUCGAAGGGAAUUCCUGCCAGCGUUCAGAUUUUCUCGUGCGAGAAGAAUUUACAGAGCCAGGCGGUUGCGCGGCGGAGCUUCUUCCGCUGCUCCUCGGUACAGAUGCUAUGGAAUCGCGGCUCCACGGGCCUUCUGGUGGUGGCGCAGUCGGACGUGGAUAAGAGCAACCAGAGUUACUAUGGGGAGACGAAAUUGAAUUACUUGACGACUGAUGGAAGCCAUGAAGGACACGUUCCUCUGAGGAAGGAAGGGCCAGUUCAUGAUGUUCAAUGGUCACCUUUGGGUACUGAAUUCGUCGUUGUUUAUGGAUUUAUGCCUGCAAAGGUGACCUUAUUUGACAAGAAAUGCAAUCCAAUCUUUGAGCUUGGAACUGGACCGUACAACACUCUCAGAUGGAAUCCUAGAGGAAAACUCCUAUGUGUGGCAGGGUUUGGUAAUUUACCUGGUGACAUGGCCUUUUGGGACUGCUCUGAAAAAAAAUUACUUGGAACUACAAAAUCUGAAUGCUCUGUAACAUGUGAAUGGUCUCCUGAUGGGCGGUAUUUGAUGACUGCUACAACUGCUCCUAGAUUACAGAUAGACAAUGGGAUUAAAAUUUUUCACCAUGAUGGGUCCUUAUACUAUAAGAAGAUGUAUGACAAGCUUUAUCAGGCAGAGUGGAAACCAGAGGCACUUGAUAAAUUUGGUGAUGUUGAAGAACUCACAAAAGCAGUCAAAGAGAGCUUCAAGAUUGAUUCCAGUAACAAAGGUUCAAAGCCUUUACGGCCUGCACAACCUUCACAGCCUUCUGUAAAAGCCAGCAAUCCUCCACAGAAAGCUGCUGCCUAUCGCCCACCACAUGCCAAAUCUGUAGCUGCAGUUCAGGCAGAGCUUUUUGGGGAAACUGGUCCAUCUGAGGAAAUAAGUAAGAAUGCAUUGAGAAACAAGAAGAAGAGGGAAAAACAACGUGAGAAAAAGGCUGCAGAAGCAGCAUCUUCUAUUAAUGGCUCUUGAUCUCCCUGAAAUUAUGCCAAAUAUGCUAGUCAAUUGGGAGGCUGCUGGGAGCUGAUUAUAUAGUCACUGCUUUGAAAUUAUUCGCUGGGUGCUGAUGAAGCUCUUUGACAGCUUGGCCUUUCGCCUUGCAGACGAAUGCUGAGUGUUGCUCUUAGUUGCAUUAUGAUCCAGGUUCCCAAGGGAUUCCAAAUUUUGGGGUGCAUAUAAGUAGAAAAGAAUACUUAAUUUCUGUAAAAAGAUUUGGCAUUGCACCAUGAGUCUAUGAUUGUGCACGUCCACAGUUUCUGAGGACUUUCUUUUGACGUCUUGGAUUUCUUUAUGAUGGGUUGAUGCACUUCCAGCUCUUUUAAGCUAAGCUGUCAAGCGUGGUGUCAGAUCUGAAAUUCUUGGACUCACUGGUGAGGUGAGAAGUGCUGUACCCUUUGAAAUGCUUGUAGCCUCUGAAAUUUUUGCACUUUUUGUCUUUAUUUUUGACAUCUGCAACAUUGAGGUGCUUAAUGUUAAUAAAUCCGUGGUUGCAAUUCUCCUA